CUCCCACCACCUUACCUCCAUGACCCAGCUCUCACCAGCUCAUCAGCUCGCAGCUCACGCCGCCGAGGUUCAGUCCAGGCAGUUCCAAUCGCGUUGCGCCGCUGUGCUGUCUUUGUCUUGCGCCUCCCACCGACUUGACUCGCGCCCUGACGUCGAGCCAUUGCGCCUGCGCGCCUACGAAGUAGCCUAUGCGUGUUGCCGAAUCCGUAGUGUAGUCGUAGACCGUACGUAGGCUAUCGCGGCGAGCGCUGUCGCUUCGCAAGCAUGUCUGCCGAAGAACCCCGACGGUCGGUCCGCAGCACCAAAGGCCAGAACACUAAGAACCUGGACCUUGACCAGCCGGCCGAGCCCAAGCGUCGCGGCCGCAAGAAGAAGCAGGAGGAGCCAGAGGAGCCCGAGGAGGAGAUCAUCCGCUGCGUCUGCGGCGCCACCGAGCAGACGGGCGACUCGGGCGAGCCAUGGAUCGCGUGCGACAAGUGCACCGCCUGGCAGCACAACGUGUGCGUCGGCAAGAGCAUCUACGACGAGGAUUUAACUAGCGAGUACUUCUGCGAGAUGUGCAAGCCCGAGGACCACAAGGAGCUGCUGGAUGGCAUCGCGCGGGGGGAGAAGCCGUGGGAGGACCGCCGCAGGGUGUACGAGGAGGAGAGCAAGAAGAAGAAGAAGGGGGGUCCUAAGAGGGGCGCCAAAAAGCGCGCGAGCGAUGUGAAGGAGCAGACGCCGGUGCCCAAGAGGCAGGCGACUCCCAAGGCGACUCCUAAGGGCAAGGGGGGGACUCCGGUGCCGGAGAAGAAGAAGGCCACGCCCGCUCCCGAGAUCGCGGAGAAGCCAGCAGAGAAGCCCGAAAAGGCCGCAGAGGAGCCGGAGAAGCCGGCAGAGAAGCCUGAGAAGGCCGCAGAGAAGCCCGCCCCGGAGAAACCGGCGCCGGAAAAGGCCACGUCUGCACAAAAGGCGCCCACCCCAGACACGCCCGCGGACAAGCCCAAACCAACACCCAGCACCAAACGCAAGGCCAAGGAGCCCGCAGAAGACAAGGGAACCAAGCUGCGCAAGGUGUCCGAGUCUCAGGCCGUGCCCGCGCCCGCUGAAGAUGCCCCAGAGGCCCCCGCCCCGGAGCCGGCCCCCGAGCCUCAGCGCCCCAUCGUGCCCUACGACCCGCCGGCCGACCUCGCAUCAGCUCUCGCGGAGCUUCCGCAGCCGCGCCAGAACCCCGCCAAGGCGCUGCAGAAGAGCAUAACGGCCGCCAUAGUGGGCCUGGAAAAGAAGGCAUACAAGUUUGACGAUGGGGCCACGACAGCCCAGCGCGCCGAGCGGCUGGCCCUCCAAGUCGAGCGAGCAGUCGAGGACACGCACGCCAACGCUAAGGAAUAUGGCGGGCAGAUCAAGACUCUGGCCUUCAACAUCAAGACCAACCUGGACCUGGUCAAGCGCCUGGUGGAGCGCACGCUGUCGCCGCCCAUGCUGGCCACCAUGACCACGGACGAGCUGGCGAGCAAGGAGCUGCAGCGGGAGACGGCCAAGAUGCGCGAGCGCGCCGAGAAGCAGAGCAUCCUCAUCACCGAGGAGGGGCCGCGGGUCAAGAUCACGCACAAGGGCGAGGAGAUUAUCGGCAACGACGACGAGCCCACGCCGACGGAUGACGCACCAGUGUCGCGACAUCAUGAGCCGGCGAGGCCCGCUCCCGCUCCCGCCGAGCCCGAGCAGGUGGCAAACGACGCCAUGGAGGUCGAGCUGCCGGCAGACGUCGAGUACCGGCGGCCGCUCCGCAUCGAUCCGCAGAGCUCUGCUAAAGCCUCGGGAUUUGACAUUAAGCAGGUGUUUUCCAAGGUCAAGUCUCCCACGCAACCGGUGCGCCGCCCGUCGCAGCCCACGUCCAGGAGCCCGGUGGACGACGCCGAGGUGGAUCGGCUGAUUGCCGAUGAAGCCGAGUCGCCGCCGUACUCGCCCACAGACGAGACGGAGGACCCCGACGUCAUCUGGCGGGGCUCGCUCGAGAUGCCCGGUGUGGCCACGCUGACGGUGUCGUCCAAAUUUAUGGGAGGGGGCAACCUGAAAGUGGUCUACAACAUGCCGUGGGAUACGCUCUUUCCCAGCCGCAUCACCGUGGACGGUCGCCUCGGCAAAGACGCGGCGUCGUCGUACCUGUGCGGCAUGCGGUGGCGGAGCAUGUUUGACCUCGUUAUCGCCAGCCUGCAGCCGACGAGCGAGGCUGCCAAGCCGCAGUUCCAAAAGGUGGUGGAGUACUUUAUUAGUCGCAAAAAGUAUGGCGUGGCAGGCCCCAAAGCCCUCCCCAACGUACGCGACAUGUACCUCAUCCCGCUGCUGCCCGACGGCGAGAUGCCCGAGAUCAUGAUGAACCUGCAGGACAACCUGGUGCCUGAAAACCGAACGGAGCCGAUGCUGCUUAUUGUGUUUGUCUAUCAGAACGAUCCGGAGCAGCUGAGGCGGUUGCGGGAGGGACAGGGGCAGACCCUGGCGCAUACGCCCAACACGCACACCAAUGGAGGGCCUGUUGGGAUGUCGCCCAUCACGCCGGCGCCGGGCCCUCUCGACUACGGCGCGGCCAAGGAGCGUGACCAGAUGCGGGGGGUGACGGUAGGGCGGCAAAUCCUGGGCGAGGAGCUGUGGAGCAGUCCAAGUCUGCAGUAUCUGAUGCCGGGGGCGGACAAGAUGCACGCCAAGGAGUGGAUAGCGAUCAAGACGAUAUUGCAGAGCAGCCAGCGUGCUAGGGACGACCUGGCGUCGCUUACGGAGCUAGUCGGGGAGUUUAGCAGGCAGACGGAGCAGCAGCAGCGGCAGCAGCAGCAGGGGCAGCAACAGCAGGGGCAGCAGCAGCAGCAGCAGCAGCAGCAGCAGGGAUAUCAGCAGCAGCCACAGCAACAGCAUCAACAACAACGCCCUCACGCCACCCCAACACCCCGCGCCCAGCCUCGGCCAAAGCCAACAACCCAAAUACUCCCUCCCAAGGCCGUGGCGGCAUCCCCCAAGGCCGUGCCUGCAUCGCCCAAGACGCCGUCCGCCGCGUCCCCCAAGGCCGCCCAGGCCCGCCCCGGACCGAUAUCGCAGACUCCGGUGCCGAUUCCGCGCAUCCCGCACACGCAGCCCAAGCCUGCCCCGAGGCCGGUGACACAGGUGCCAGUCCCAGCGCCGAAUCCGCAGAGCUGAUUUCCUAUUGUAUGGUGUUUCGCAUACCCUGUCUUUUGAUGUUUGGCUUGCCGUUCUGAGCAGCUUUCUUGCUCGUGAGAGCUUUCUUUACGAUUUCUUGGUCUGGUUCCGUAGUAGUAGUAGUAUGUAGGACACGAAUCGUCACUGUUUGUCAUGUGCUCAGG